AUGUCAAUCAAAGUAGAAGAUAUUGAAGUUAUUGGACGGAACUGCCCUCAACUCAGGUCCUUCAAAAUAUUCCACGUUAACAUGAUGUACACCGGGCCAUUUGAUGAUCUUGCUGUUGCCAUUGGAAACAACAUGCCUGAGUUACGGUCUUUGCAUAUUUAUAGUUACAAGAUGAAAAAUGAUGGGUUUCAGGCCAUUCUUAACGGUUGUCCACACCUUCAAUCCCUAGGCGUUCAUAUGCGGUGUAGCUUUAAUCUUGACACAAAUUUAGUAAAAGAGUGCAUGAAACGGAUCAAAUAUUUUACUCACAACUCAACAUAA